UGCUUCUUGGCGGUAUUUGUAAACGUGUCGUCUGGAUGAUUUACUGUUUUAAUGUAACUUUAUUCGUUUAGAAAUGCGUUUUGGCUAAUUGGAUUGAUAAUAUAUCAACAUGAGUGAAUUAGAAAAGUUAAAAAGAGAAAAACGUAAAGAAGAAUUGAAAGGAAAUUGGAAAGAUGUUGCAGUUCUUUGUAAUUACAUAGGACAGCUUCUUAGUAAAGCUGGAAAUUGUGAAGAAGCAUUAGAAGCUCAUCAGGAAGAAUUGCAAAUUUCAGAAUCUCGAAAUGACAUGUUAGGUGUUGCUAUAGCUAACAGAAGAAUUUGUGAAUGUUACAGUGAUAUGGGAAAUUAUAAAAAAGCACUUCGCUAUGGUAAAAAAUAUCUUGAACUAUCUGUGAAACUUGGUUCAAAGUUAGAAGAACAAAGAGCGUGGGCUACUUUAGGUAGAACGUUUUAUUACGUGGUCGAAAAUGGGAAUCUGUCCGUACUCGAUAAAGCCGAAAAUGCUUUUACGGAAAGUUUACAGUUAGUCGAAGAGUUGAGAGAUGAAGUAUCUGCUAAAGAACAUGCGGAAAUGAAAGCACGGUUAUUAUUAAAUGUGGGUUUGAUUUAUAACAAACGAAAAAAUAUGUCUCGGUGUGCCGAGAGUAUCAAACAGGCUAUCUUUUUAACGAAAAAACACUCUCUGACGGAAGAUUUGCAUCGAUGUCAAUAUUCUUUGGCAAAUGUAUACGAACAGUUUGGAAAUCUGACGUUUGCUCUUAGAUUAGCUGAUGAAGCGGUAUCAUCUGCUAAAAUUUUAAAAGAUAAAACUUUAAUAUGUGAUUCUUUAUUGUUAAAAGUGCAGAUCAUGAUAAUGCUUAAAGAUUUUCAUGGUGCAAAAUCAAGUUGUAAAAAGGCAUAUAAAAUAAAGUCAAAUGAAAACAAUGAUCAAUUAAGAGCUGAAAAAUAUCUAAAAGGAUUAUAUCUGAUUUGUGAUACUGAAACUCGGCUUAAGUUGUUAUCAGAAGAGGAAAAAAUUAGAAAGGCUCGGUGUUUAGAAAAAAUUGGUGAUAUACUAUCAUCUCUUGCUUGUUAUAAACCUGCUGUUCAAUACUAUAUCUUUACACUUGAAAAUUUAAAAGAAGCUGGAAAAAAAGAUAAUGAGUUGACUGCAAUUUAUUUUUCUAUAGCUCAAACAUAUGCAGAUGAUGAGCAGUAUGAUAAAGCUCUUGAAUAUUUUCAAAUGGAAUUGAAUGGUUACAGUGGAAAUGAGGAAGAACAAUGUAAAACAUUUUUAAAAAUAGCUGAUAUUCUUGAACUGUUAAAAGAUUAUAAGCAAUUAAAAAUUAUAUAUAAAAAUGCACUUAAUUUAGCAGAGAAUUGUGAACAAGUUAAAUUACAGUAUCAAUGCUUACAGCAGAUGAAAUAUCUCCAAGAGAAAUGUAAAAUAUUUGAAGCGGAAGAAAUAGAAGAAAUAGAAAAAAAGAUUAUUGAAUUAGAUUUUGAUGACAGAGAUAUAGAUUCUGAUACAGGUUAUGAUGAUAAUCCUGACUAUUUUGAUGAAAUUUCAUUGUCAGAUAUAUCUGAUUGCACUGAUAAUGAAGCUGAGGAUGAAACACAAAAUGUUUCAAAAAGAUCUCGGAAAAAACUCGAUUCAAAGCGUAAUGAUGUCGGAGAAACACCUCUGCACAGAGCGUGCAUUGAAGGAAAUCUUAAAUUUGUAAAACACCUUAUUGAAAAUGGUCAUAUCGUCAAUCCUCGUGAUAACUGCGGCUGGAUUCCAUUACAUGAAGCUUCAAAUUAUGGUUAUUAUGAUAUAGUACAUUAUCUAAUAGAAAAAGGUGCUUGGGUUAAUGACAAUGGUGGAGAAUUAUGUGAAGGAAUUACUCCUCUGCAUGAUGCUGCCAAUUGUGGACACAUUGAUAUAAUGAGAUUACUUAUUGAUAAAGGAGCAUCAAUAACAUCAAGAACUCAUAAUGGAGAAACUCCCUUAGAUUGUUUGAGAAAAUGGAGAAAAAGAGCACACCGUGAUUUAGAUUCAAGAGAACUUAAUGAAAUUUUAAAAUUUGAAGACGAAUUGUCUGAAAAAUUAAAGCUGAUAGGUCAAGAAGAACUAACUUGUUUUCAGGAAUUAACAGUUUCCAAUAAUGAAUUAAGUAGAAGAAAUAUAGAUAAAAGACAACGUUCUCCAAGUAUUUCUCCAACUGCAAAUUUAUACAAUUGUGAUGAAAACAUGGAUGAAGAUUAUGAUAUAUAUGCAAGAGACAAUAUUUUAGAAAAUGAGAUAGAUUUUUCAACUAAUGCAUGUUCUCAAUAUCAAUCAGUGAUGUCUAACUUAAGGAAAAGUGGUUUAUCAACUAAUCAAAUGCCAAAAAUGCACAUCAAAAAUGAUAAAGUUACUACAGCUCUUAUUGAUGAAGAUAAGAUUGUUAAAGAUUGGUUAUUAGAUGAUAUGAAAGAAAAAAAGCAUGUAUCGAAAAAAAUGCGAACAAGUUAUGAAACAGGAACUUAUUCAAAAUCUAAAGAAAAAAGAAAAUUAAACCAAUCAAAAUUACCAAAUAUCACAACUUCUGUUGUAAAUAAUGAAAUAGAAUAUUCAGAUAUUCAUAAUACAGAAACAAGCGCAGAAAAUUGCAAAGACUUAAGUCAAAAUAUAACAGAAAAUGCAUCUAAAACUGCUUCAAAAUCAAUUUUCUGUUUAAAAGUUAAAAUAGAAGAUAAAAUGAUUUUAAUUCCAGUUAACGAUCUCGAAUUGAAAAUCAGUUGGUUAGAAAUUGAGGCCUCUAGACGAUAUUACGAUUUAAUUGGUAAAAAACCACAUUUGUUAUUAAGUACUUCUGAUGGAGCAGUUCUUUCAUCUUCAGAUCCAAUUGGCUUAGUCCUUACAAAUUAUGAAGAAGUGAUUGCAAUUGUUAAAAAUUGGGAAAUACCUCUACUUACUGAACGUUUUAAAGAAUUUUGUGGUGACGCUGGUUUAAAAUAUCAAUCUAUGUUAAGAAAAUUACAAAUGACAGAAAUAUCUGGAGAGCUUUCCAUUGAAAAUAUAAAUUUCAAUAUUAAAUUAGCUAAACCUUUAUUUUCUGCUUUGCAAUAUCAAGAAAAUAUUAAAGUAUUGAAUAUUAGUGGUUGCUUUUUAAACGAUGAAGCAAUAACACUAUUAGCAUCAUCAUUGGUUACUUUACGUCAUCUUAUUGUGUUAAGUUUAAGAUGCUGUGGAUUAAUGAGAACUGGUAUUCAAAAUAUUUCUAAAGUUUGUUUUAUUGAAAGUGCAGAAACUAAACCAUUACAAAAUUUAGAAAAAUUGGAUAUUGCAUAUAAUGCAAUUGGACCAGAUUUUGUUCCAAUUACUUCUUUUUUUAAGUAUUGUUCUCUAUCAAUAUUAGAUAUAAGUGGAUGUAAUGUGGAAAGGUGUAUUUUUCAAGAUAGAAAUUUUCUUCAAGAAAUGAAAAAUAAUCUUCAGGAACUUUAUUUAGCAAACAAUAAAUUAGGAAUAUCAGGUUUAAGAGAAUUAUUUACUAAUUUUUAUGUUGGUGAAUUAAGAAAAUUGGAUUUAUUCUCAACUAUAAAAUCUAGAGAAAGAAAUAUUGGAGAAUUAUUUAAAGAAUUCCUUCCUCAAAUGACAAAUUUGUUGCAUCUUAAUCUUAGUGAUUGUUCUUUACAGAAUGAAGACAUGAAAGAAAUUACAGAAGCCAUAACUUUCUGCAAAAGUUUGCAAUACUUAAAUUUAAGUGCAAAUCCAAGAUUAAAUGCCACAUGUAUUAAACAUCUUUUGCAUUCUUUAAAUGAUAAUAAUAUUCCAAUAACUCACUUAAAUUUAUCAGGUUCUAUUAAUUGGGACUGUGAUAUAUCAGAGAUUUACUUUACUUUUAGUCAUCAAUUGAAUUCAAUAAUAUUUACAAUUACUGAGAGGUUAGAAAACUUUUUGAAUCAAAUGAAUACAAUUUGGAAACGAGUUCAUGGUAAAAAUGCAAAGUGCAUCGAAGGACCUGGAAAUAUCAUAGAAUUUACAUUGGAUGUUACAUUUUAAUCACAAAGAAAAAUUUAAUUUAGAUAUUUAGGACUCAAUUGAAUUACUAGUCCAAUUUUAUAGGUUUUUAAACAUUAAAUUAUAUGAAAAUAUUUUUUGCACAGAAGUCAUGAACCAUUUUUUUCAAUGUUUAUUAUUAUUUUUUUAAGAGGAGAUGA